AUGGGUCAAGCCAUGGUGGAAAUUACCAAUCUGAAUGAUGCUACUGUGCACAAGCGACACGUGGACCGAAUUCGCUUCAAGUCAUUCACGGACCAGCGGCAUCAAGAGACAAGCGAGGGCGACAGUCGGUUGCAUACCCCAUCAGCACAACCGACGGAGCCGCAUGAGUCAGAUGUGCAGAAACAACCAGUCGAAACACAAGGACACCGCCAGGAACGGGCGGAGCCAACGAUUGCAGUCCGCAGGUCUAGCCGUUAG